AUGUUAAUCUAUCGCUUGACAGCACCUAUCAUGUGUUUGGAAUGUGUACACAAUAAGUUAAAAUGUAAAUAUUUUUUUAACAUUUAAUUAUGGAUUUCGACAGUCCAGACGUAAUGAAAGAUUUUCCCGGAUUGUAUUCAUCCGACUUGAAAAAGAAGGGCAAUGAUAGCGAUUAUAACGAUGAGACCGAAAAAUGCAAUAAAAAAGAAAUGCUCAUAGGCAAGAGGAAGGAAAAAAAGGACAAAAAGGAUAAGGAUAAGGGUUAUGCCGCCCUAGAAGGAGAAAGUUCUGAUGAAGCUAGUGCACAGAAGUCCAAGAAGUCUAAGGCAUUUAAAUUUACCAAGUCAAAAGAUAAAGAAAAAAGGGAUAAAGAUGAAAGCAGCAAGAAAAAUCGCCAAAAGAAGGAUGAAAAAGCUUCUAAAACUAAAAAAAGAUAUAAACCAAAACAUUCCUUAGAAGAAACCAUUGAUAUAGCAGAUGCCCUCCCAAUAUUUGGUGUAAGUUUAGAUCUGGCAGUUGAAAGAGGAAAAUGCCAUGAUGGAAUUGCCAUACCAUUACCAAUUCGAGAAUGCAUUGAUUAUAUUGAAGCAAUGGGUUUAACAUUUGAUGGAGUAUAUAAAAUUAGUGGCCCCAAAACAAAAGUGUCACAAAUAAGAAAAAUGUAUAAUCAUAGGCAAAACGUAAAACUCGCGGAUUAUGAUAUUCCCACUGCAACUAGUCUUUUGAAAAUGUUCUUAAGGGACCUCCCUGAACCCAUAUUCACAAAUGAACUAAUAAUUCGUUUUGAAGAAGCUGGUGCCAUAUUAAAUUUUAAUACCAGAGAAAAGCAUUUGAAGAACCUGGUUGAUGUGCUGCCUCCAUUGAACAAGCUUUUAUUGUCGUGGCUUAUAAUUCACUUGCACAAUGUUACUUUAAAGGAGCAUAUGAAUAAAAUGAAUAAACAAAGCAUUGCUGCUGCUUUAAACCACACAUUCCACGUAUCAUCUAGACUUUUACAAGCGCUAAUUCAUCACAGCAAAGCUUUGUUUCCCAAUACAAUAAUCACUAGGUAUAUACCUCCUUUAGAAUCUGGUACAUUGUUGCCUGACAAACCGCAUUUAAUUGAAGUGGAAUUGGCCAAAUUAGAAUCUCUCUUGAACCAAAUCCAUCAAGAAAUGAACAUUGGAUUCUUCUCAAAAACUAGGGAAGAACAUCUGUGGGAAGUUCAAAGGGUCACCACCGAAUUGAAGAGGAAAUUGAAGAAAUUUCAAAAAAGCAAGGACACUUCAUCCAUUAACUCGUUGUCAAAACAAAGCGAGAAAUCUUCACAAGAACCGGACACUGUUGGGUUUGAAGAUGCGAACGCUGAAGGUGAUGUUAAUGAAGACGAAUCUAAACAAUUCGCAAAUGAUUCGACAAUUGAAAGAGUUGUAACAGAACAGAUAAAUCCCAGUACCAGCGAACAAGCGGCAGCUUCCGAAGUACCGGAAGACGCAACUGAUUUGAUUCACUCCAACAAUCCAGGUCAAAAAAUUGAAAUUGAAGAGCACGAAGAUGAAGAGGAAUACAGUUACGAUUCGGAUGAUAGCUCGACAGACAGUGAAAUCCUAGAGGAAUAUUUAUAUUUCGACGAGAAAUUUGUGGUUUUGCGAUUUAAAAAUACCAUGUUGAAAUUACUGAUCGAGCAGCUAAUGGAGGAUAUCAAUUACGAGAGGAAGGAUAUCGAUGAAUACCAGCAGAAGAUAAACGGAAUUUUGCAGGAAACUCGGCCGAUAAAAUGUGCAAAAAAAUAUCCCAAAAAUCCAAACAGCUUUGCGCAAGUACGCAAUUUGUUGGUGAAAGAAAACCAGAUGCUUCAAAUUAAGAAAAUGAAUUUGGUCAGAGAAAUCAUGGAACAGAGAGAAAUGUGUGCCGAUUUGACCGCCAGAAUCAAAUGGGCUCUAAAAGAUACAAAAGAGCAAAAAUACCUGCAGUGUCAGCAAAUUACCGCUUAGUU